AUUCGCUCGCGUGCCAAGGGUCAGCUGCCAGCCAGGCGCCAGCUAUCCAGUACGUGCUGGCUCGUGUCGAGGGAAGGUGGUUUCUGACGGCGAAGCACUUCGAUUUAAUUAAACGAAACGAAAAAAAAACGAGGCUCCUUUCGACUCGUCUCAUUUCCAUUAUCGCAAAGAAAAAUGAUACCAAAUUGCAUUAGGAGCGUUGCCCUGAAAUCCCCCCGACGAAAUUUUGGAAGCUGGAACGAGGUAGCGUCGUUUUUCUUAAGCAAGAAGAACAACUAUGCCACCGAGGCUUCCUUCGAAACCAAGCCCUUCCGCCUGCACAAACUGGAACAGGGUCCGUCCACUCAGGUCACAGUGACCCGGGAUGAUGCCAUCGAGUUGUUCAAGCAGCUACACACGAUACGUCGUAUGGAAACAGCCGCUGGCAAUUUGUACAAAGAAAAAAUCAUUCGUGGCUUCUGCCAUUUAUAUUCUGGACAAGAAGCUUGCGCAGUUGGCAUGAAGGCCGCGAUGAGACCUCAGGAUGCUGCAAUCACGGCAUAUCGCGCACAUGGAUGGACCUAUCUGAUGGGCAUAAGUCCAUUCGGCGUUUUCACAGAACUCACAGGCAAGCAGGGUGGCUGCGCCAAAGGCAAGGGUGGCUCAAUGCACAUGUACUCGAAAAAUUUCUAUGGCGGAAACGGCAUUGUUGGAGCUCAGGUGCCGUUAGGAGUCGGAAUAGCCUUUGCGCAAAGGUACAUGAACACCGGCGGCGUGUGCCUGACGUUGUACGGCGACGGCGCAGCCAACCAAGGCCAGGUAUUCGAGGUGUACAACAUGGCAAAACUGUGGGACGUGCCUUGCAUCUUCGUCUGCGAGAAUAACGGAUACGGGAUGGGCACCAGCGUGGACCGUGCCGCGGCAAGCACCGAGUAUUACACCAGAGGCGAUUAUAUUCCUGGCAUAUGGGUGGACGGAAUGGACGUGCUAGCCGUGAGGGAAGCCACGAGAUUCGCGAUAGAGCACUGCACGUCCGGCAAGGGACCGAUCAUCAUGGAAACCAUGACGUACAGGUACAGUGGGCACAGUAUGUCGGAUCCUGGAACCAGCUACCGAACGCGAGAGGAGGUACAGGAAGUCCGACAGACGCGGGAUCCUCUGUCCAGCUUCAAGGAGAGAAUCCUGAACGCGAAUCUCGUCACCCCGGAGGAGAUCAAAGCGAUAGAGGGUGAGAUCAGGAAGUCGGUGGACGAUACCGUAAAAGCCGCCAAAACCGACAAAGAGCUUCCGCUGAGCGAACUUACUGCCGAUAUUUAUACAGAAUGCCUUGAGAAGAGUAUCCGGAAUACCACCCCCUUCAAUCCUCUAUCGCACAUGAGACUAGGACCAGCCGUGAAUGCUUGAAACCGCUCAAAGUUCUCCUAAAAUAUUGUAUAUUUUACAGUUAAGUGCCACUUUCCCCCUCGACAUUCAUAGACUUACAAAUUAGUCGUGUAGAUACAUGUACAAGCGUUUUACAAAGUUCCUUUAACUCACGGGUGUACAUUUAUUUCGUCCAGCAGAAGCGAUCAAUCUUUAUGCGGCAGAUUAGUGCAAUUUCAAGUGCAAGUUUUACGAACCGACGUUAAUCUUGCGUUACGACUACCGAAAAUCCAUGUAUAACGAAGAUCCAGACUCUCUUUAUGAUGCGGAGAAUUAUAUAAGAUUAUUUAUUAUCUAAGUUAUUUCCAAUACGAAGAGUGGAUCUUUCACGAUACAAUGUGCGCCUAAGAUCUGAGCAGUUUGUUAAUACGUAUUAAAAAAAAUAAUCUGUAAAAAAAUAAAAAUUUAUUUAAUACGUU